UAGGUGCGCAUGCGUCUCCUUUAGAGCUUCACUUUGCUCUGCACGUACUUCCUCAUUUAGCUAUGGAUUCUAGCAACCGUAUUUAUUAUCGAUCAUUAUGGAGCUGUUCGCCUUCCAAAUGGGGUUGUUUGUCUUUUACCUGUCUAUACGUGUUAUUACUGAUUGUAGGGAUAGGAGCCACCCAGGAGAAGACUCAGACGGUAGAGUUUGAUGUGCGUCCCGGGGGCAUGGUGCACAGCUUCUUUCACAACAUGGGGGAGCAUCGCUGCUCAUUCACGUAUGCAUCCCAGGGUGGUACAAAUGAGCAGUGGCAGAUGAGUGUUGGACUCAGUGAAGAUGAAGGCCUCUUCUCUUGUUCAGUGUGGAGACCUCAAGGAAAGUCCUACCUGUUCUUCACACAGUUCAAGGCAGAAGUAACGGGUGCUAAGAUUGAAUAUGCCAGUGCUUAUUCCCAGGCUGCAAUUGGGGGUACCAGAGAUGUUCCUUUGAAAGACGAGGAGUACAUUAUUGGAGACACAACAGUGACUCACAGAGAAGGGAAGUUUCGUUCUGAACUGUCCAAAUUGACGGUUAUUGCAAGAACGCGACAUGAUGAGCUGUAAUCACAUCUGUGACAAGAAGGACAAUCUGAAGAGACAUAUAAGCUUCUAUGCACACAGUGACAAGCAGGUUUUGAAGGAACAAAAUAGUCAUUUCUGUGGACUUGAUUAUUGUAAAGUAUUGUGCAGGACUCCAUAAAUAUGAAAGCCAUUAAUUUCCUCUCAUCUGUAUAGGUCAAUAUAAACUAGACAAAGGGAAUGGCUUCUCAGUACAUAUUCAGUAAGGGGCUUAAAAUCAGGAAUAGAACCCCAGAGAAGAUGGGAUAAUAGUACAAGCACCAUUACAGUGAACCUGUGAUUUUAUUCAGAGGUUGGUGCUGGGUAGCAUUUAAAGCAGUUGUCAACAAUGAUUACUUUUUACCUCCUUUAUCCUGAAUGUAGAUGGUUUCGUUACUUUUCUAAUACAAUUUUUAUCAAACUGUGCAA